AUGCCUUCCUUUCCCUCUCGUCCACUCGUCAGAGCGAGGGAUGAUGGUUUACAGCUGAGCUUCCAGCUUCCUCAUCGUGUAUACACCGCUCAAGGCUACCCGAUCCCCGCCCCCAACGGCUCUUCCGUUGUCGUCUAUGGCUAUGAAGAUGGACUGAAGGUUAUUUGGCGAGGAGGACGAUCAUUUUCGAAUAAAAAACUGCAGACGAAACAGGAAAAACAGCAAAAGCCAAGCCGAAACAAUGACGAUGCGGUCAUGAUUAUAGACUCUGAUGACGAGAGCAUGGCAGAUACACAAAAAGCGGAGGAGCCGGUGGCAGAUACGUACGAGUUUGAGGAUGAGGAUCCCGAGGUUGACCCUGCAGAACCUUAUGAAGGUGUUUUGCGUCAGAUCGAUAUACCCCUAGGAAGCCGGGUCAUCAAUAUCGCAGUGCCUCGCGUGCUUCCCGAAACUGCGCGCUCGAGUCUCGAUCCUUUCCCGGCAAUCCUAGACCAGCUCAUUAUCGUAUCCGCAAUUUGUGCAGACUAUUCUACGCGCGUGGUAACAGUACCUCUGACUCCUCCGCAUCCUACACAAACCGACAUUGCUGCACUGGGUAUUCAAACUUUUGCGAUCGGCGGCGGAUUCUCGCAUCAGGAGCUCCCACAAGGAGUCAGCAUCACUUUCACUUACCAGGAAAGCGAUCCGCAGCAGGGUGGCGAGGGGCGAUGGGACCUUCUCGUGGCAACCCAUUCUGCGGAAUCGUCUGGCUUACUUGUCAUUCAUCGGAUCCCAAUCACAGAAGACAAAAAGACCACUAAUAAAGUAUAUCGUCUGUCGGCAGAAGACGUUGAAUCAAAGCGCCGCUAUUUGCCUUCCCCCGCACAGAACAUAGCCUUCAAUCCCUCCAGCUAUCCUGCUGCGCGACAUUCGACUCUGCUGGUCUCGUUCCAUUCAGGCUGUGUCAAGGUGUACUCCUGCUUCUCCACGAGGCCUUCCAAGUCCUCGCGAAGAGCGGUUGCAGCACAGAACGAUUACGAAACAUUAAAAACAGAGGGAGAAUGGCUAAUCAGUCUUUACCCCGGAUUCGAGCAGCCAUUGUCAAACCUUCCACGGCGCAAGUCUAUUACGAGUGCCGAGUGGGUUUUGGGAGGACGGGCUAUUUUGGUUCUCAUGGCGGACGGUGAGUGGGGAGUCUGGGACCUUGAAGGAGCCGGUCCCGGUUCAGCCAAGGGUCCGCUCCAGGGACAGUCCAGCGUGCAAGGUGUAACUGGUGGUUCAUUGACUGCAUUUUCAGUCAGCGGGCGUAUCCUCAGCUUCCCCUCUGGUGGAAAAUCAGAAACGGCGGUUGAGCGCCGCCCAAAGUUCGCUCCGAUGACGCCUUCGACGAAGCGAAUUCGCGAGGACACUCUGUUGAAGGGAAACGUAGCCGGGACCUCUACUUCGUCCCUCCGCGGCGGGAUUUCAGUAUACCAGAUGAAUUCGACCCAAGACCCACUGCCUGAUGAAUCUAUUCUCAUUCGACAUGGUAAUCAAAGCGCGGUAAUCCCCAGUCUACUGACUCUGUGGCGGAGCGCUGUGCGGUCGACAGGAACCCUGGACGCAUCCAACCGUUGCCGAGUGACCCCGCUUCAAGAUAUCGCGCUCAUGGGUGAACCUCUGAAGGGAAUCGGCCAUGUUCCAGCGCCUUCUCGCCGAUCUCACUCGCAGAUCCGGGCGUUUGACAUUCUCGUUACUGCAGAACAUCGUCUUCUCAUUCUCGCACCGAAGCUGGCUGAACCGGAUGCGGCUUCUACCUCUCGCACAUUGGUCACUGAGUCGCCUACUCGCGCGGCAGACCAACUCCGGCUGCGCCAGGGAGAACUUGACGUAGAUGGAAUGGACCGUGUACUGAGUGGAAUGGCGCAUAACCGAUCCCUUCACAUGGGAAGCCCGAUCAAGCGGACGCGGAUAUUUACAUGA